AUGGAGCCGCCGUGGCAGUACCAGUUCCGGGUGAUCAUGCUGGGGGACUCCACGGUGGGGAAAUCCUCCCUCCUCCGGCGCUACACCGAGGGCACCUUCCUGGACGCCGUCAACCAGACGGUGGGGGUGGAUUUCUACGUCCAGUUCGUGGAGCUGGAGCCGGGGCUGAGGGUGAAGCUGCAGUUCUGGGACACGGCCGGGCAGGAGAGGUUCAGGUCCGUGACUCGCUCCUACUACCGCAACUCCGCCGGGGGGAUGCUGCUCUUCGACCUCACCAACCGCGCGUCCUUCGAGAGCGUGCGGCGCUGGCACCGCGAGGUGACCGACACGGUGCAGCCCUCCCGCCUCGUCUUCCUGCUGGUGGGGCACAAGAGCGACCUGGCGGGGCAGCGCCGCGUGGGCCGCAGGGAGGCCGAGAGGCUGGCGGCCUCGCUGGGCGCCCAGUACGUGGAGACCUCGGCCAAGGACGCCUCCAACGUGGCCCUGGCCUUCCAGAUGCUGACGGUGGCCAUCUACCAGGCGCUGCAGACGGGCAGGUUGGCGGCCACCGGGGCGUGGGACGGGGUGAAGAGCAGCGUCCCCCUGCCCGCGCCGCCCAAAGCUCGGCUGUCGGAGAAGGAGGAGAAGAGGAAGAGGUGCUCGUGCUAG